GGUCUUGUUUAAGCCAAGCCAUGUGGCCUUGCCAGGAGGAUGGGUACUGUGCCACCUGCUUGUACCUGAAAUUAAAUUAUCUUUAGUUAUCACGACGUUAUCAUUCACCUGGUGAUGGGUGUGAGAUGGUUUCAGCAGUUACUGGAGGAAGUUGGCCAAAUCUGCACAGCCAAGAUGGAAAACAGGGAAAUGAUUGCAUCCUGUAUACUCAGUUAAAAUGUCUGGUUUCAAGCUCCCACAGCUUUGUUGCAUUCACAUCUUCUUUUGUUGUUGUGGUUGUUUGUUAUGAGAAUAUUCCCAAGAAAUUUCAGAGGCUUUCCAGGUUGCUUUGCUCCUGGUUUUUGCCUAGUAGAACCUCUGAGAAUCUUCAGAUUUAGAAGACACUGUUAAAGGUUGGUUCUGAGAAUCUUCAGAUUUAGAAGACACUGUUAAAGGUUGUCUGGUCCGACUUCUGUACAAUGAAUGAGGACCCAGAGCUCCAUCAGUGCACAUAGCCCCUUUCCCUGACCUUGGGUGUCUGCAGGGACAGGGGCACCACCACCUCUUUGGGCAAUCUGUGGCUGUGUCUUACCACCCUCAUUGUAAAUAACUUCUUCCUUCUAUCCAGUCAAAUCUCCUCUCUUUUCUCCUAUAUAGUUUCAAAGUAAAGAACAGAUUAGUUUUUUUUCAGUUCAGUUCAUGCCAGAUGAUCAUUUAGGAUGAAUUACCAACUUCUUCCUAAAUCAGGCUAGGUGACUCUGCAAAGAGGUAUGGGAUUAGUUUAAGAGGGAUACCAUAUGAAGAGUAUGUCAGCACUAGCAAGACGGAUAUUAGCGUGCCAGCAAUUUCCAACGUAAAUACCACACCUCUGCAUUUUUCAGCAGAGAACCCUUGAAAAUAUGCUUAUCUUUCAGACUGGCUCUUAAUACAAGCAUUAAAAAAAAUCUGUAGGAAAACCUAGAAUACAAGUAUUUGCCCUGCUGGCUUCGAGAGCUUGAACUCCACUGGCCUUCAGUACCUUGAGUCACAACCUGUUGCCUGAAGCUUCUGAUAGGAGAAAUCUGUUUGAUAAUAUAAACACUGGUGUGUGCACCUCACUUCCAUUUCAAGGUGAGCUUGCAGUAUAAAGAGCUGCAUUUCCUCUGGCAGCAAUCUCAUCGUCAGAUCCCGCAAGAAUGAAGACUCUUGGUGUGCUGUUCUUGCUGUCGGUGGUGGCUGCCAUCGCUGCUGUCUCACCUCGUGCGCUAUGGGAGUUCCGCAGCAUGAUCAAAUGCACCAUCCCAGACAGCUAUCCUCUCCUUGAGUUUAAUGACUAUGGCUGCUUCUGUGGCUAUGGAGGCAGUGGAACACCUGUGGACCAACUGGACAGGUGCUGUCAAGCACACGACCAAUGCUACACCAGGGCAAAGUCGGUGUGUGCUGCCUCCAAUGAUACCCCCUACACGAAGACAUACAAGUACUCCUGCGAGAACAAGGCGAUCACUUGUAGCAGUACGUCCUGCCUUGAUUCCCUGCCAUGCUCUGUGUCACUGUGCCUUCCUUGUCUGGAAGGAGUGGGGCUGCAUGGCCAUGGGUGCGGGAGGGAUGUGCAGAGGGAGGGAUGUGCAGCGGGAGGCCCUGCCAAGUGCAGCACCACAGUGAUGCUGCCUGUAUGGUGUGCAGAACAACAGGAACCUCGUCCUCUCCAGGGG